AUGCCGCCACCGGCGCCUAACCCGCCGCCGCUACCGCAGCGGCGUGCCACCCGUCCGCGCGCAAUAAGGCGAAGAGUGUUCGUGCGGAACACUACCGCCGCGCUUAAAGUCGGCCUGGACGCGAUCAUCGUGACCGGCCAAGCCACCCUCGCCACCCGCACCACCAAGGCCCACGGUGCUGGGCCCUCCACUGGAGCAGGAGAAGAGGCUUUUGCUGCAAGCCCGCUCUCUCUGUCGCCAGCGCCGUCUCGACAGGCGACACCGACCCCGAUCCGGACCACCGCUAUUGCACCUCCCAACCCAGGGACCAGGACUACUGCUGCUGCGUCCAUGGUGAAGCAGACCAGGACUGCAGCACCAAUACCUUCCCCGCGAUCGCCGCGAUUUACCGCCGCACAGGCGGACAUCGCCGUGGGAAGAUUCCCGUCCCCGCCAAAACGGGGACCCAGGACUCCGGCAGCUUUUACACCGCCAAACAUGCCUGCAUUAUCGCCGAGCUCGCCGAUGGACGCUUCGGCGUCCCCGAGCCCGACAUACGCCGCCCGGACACGACAGGCUGCCGGCGCGGCCCUCACCCGCGCCACCAACGUCGCCCCAAACGACGCCACAGCCGCCGCUGCUGCCCCAGCCGCUACCAUCGACAUCGGAGGAGCGCCGAAGCCUGCAGCCAAGUACCCGUUGCCCGAUUGGCCGCACCACUUCCGGGAGCUGAAAAGGCUCCUGGGACAUACACCAAACGGACGCCCCUAUGGCAAGGGCGUCCGAUUCCUCCCCAAGUCGGACCAGGAGUUCCGCCUCAUCCAGCGAUACCUGACCCAGCUGGAGGGCGCUAGCGGAAUCACCUGGUUCUGCUACUCGCUGCCAGCAGAGAGGAGCCUCAAGGUGGCGAUCCGCGGCCUGCCGGCCGACACGGAUCCGGCACUAGUAGAGCAGGAGCUGCGCGAGCUUGGCUACAUGCCGGAGCACGUGCGAGCGAUCCCCGCCCGCCGGGGCAGACCGGGCUGUUUGAUGUACGCGCAGCCGCAGCGUACGUCGGACCUCACCACGGGCAUAUACGAGGUGCGCGAGCUCCUCUGUAUGCCCGGCGUGAUUAUUGAGGCAUGGCGCGGCAGGAAGGGGCCCGCGCAAUGCCAUCGAUGCCAGCAGUUCCCGCACUCCUCCCACAACUGCCACAGGCCCAUUGCCUGUGUGAGAUGUGGGGGAAGUCACCCAGCCCGGGACUGUCCGCGUCCCCUGGAGGAGCCGCCGACGUGCGCCAACUGUGGGGAGGCGCACACGGCGAACAAUGCAGCCUGCGCGGUCUUCCGUAAGGAGGCCCGCAACCGCCGAGCGGGUACCACUGCGCGCACUAUUACAGCUGCGCGCGCCACAACUGCUGCCACUCUGCAAGGAGAAGCAGAUGCACCCGGCUCACUGACGGCCGCUGCCAACCAGCCAGGACAGCAGCAAGGCCGCAAGCGACGCCGCAAGCGUGGCGGCAAGCGCGCCAAAGCGCGCAAGCCGAGCGCACCACCCACAACGACGCCCCCCACCACGACAUCCUCCGCGACUGUGCAGCCUCUAGCGCAGCCCGCCGGACCGUCCAAGCCCACCGUGGUCGCUGCCCCCAAAAGGGGGACGAAGGCGAAGCGAGUGGGAGUACCGCACUCGGCAGCUCAGCCGGCCCGCGGCCCAUUGGACCCAAGGACGACCCGCGUCAUCGGUGCCCUGAACCAGGUCCUGAUGGCGAUCCAGGAGCAGCGCGACCCAGUCCCGCUCAUCCUGGCCUGCAUAAUGGAGCUCUGCACUGGAUGA